AUGGGUCACGUCGUCCUGCCUGCCCUUAUUCCAGACAUUCGUCGUGUCUACGAUGUGUAUUUCGCCGCAUUCGAGCACGAUUUGAUGGGCCGAAUCAUGUUGGAUAUUAUAUUCCCUGGCUCGCAAAUCACCGCUGAGGGAUUCAGAAAGGCUCACACGGCCGGGACGUUGCAGUACUGGCACACCAGUACCGAGCAGUACACUGUGAAAUGUGUCGACACCAGCAGUGGCGAAACCAUCGGCAUGGGCCUCACCGAUGUCUAUCUCCGGGAGAGAUCUCCAGAGCAGCGUCGAAACCACGGAGUGACUUGGUUGGAAGGCGAACAUCGGGAACGCGCCGAGAAGGUGUUGAAUCCACUGUGGGAAAUGAGGGAAAAGCUGUUUGGUGGCCGGCCGUACAUCUACUGCCACGUUAUUGCGGUGGACCCCAAGCAUCAGGGGCGCAAGGCCGGCAAGGCGCUCGUUCAGUGGUGGAAUCAGCUCAGCGAACUCACCGGCCUGCCUGCGUACUUGGAAUCGUCUCCCUCAACCGCCAACCUGUACAAGAAGAUGGGGUACGAACUGCUGCCCGAAAAAAUCACCCACAAGGCCGAGGUUCUGGGCACAGAGACGGAUAUCGAGGUGCCUUUGAUGGUCAAGAUGCCGCCUGCUGCUGGAGGCAUGACGUUCGACGAGUGGCGGCAGAAGGGCUAUCCCGAGUUUCCAGCCCUGCCCUUGGCUUCACCAUAA